UUUUAUAUUAUACAUAUUUUUGUUGAACCAAUAUCUUAUAAUGCACUUCUAUUUGAUUUGCAGAGAUCUAAAACCAGAGAACAUAUUGCUGUAUGGUGAUGGUUAUGUCAAAAUUGCAGACUUUGGGAUCAGCGAAUUAGGUAAGAUUUGUAACAUAUACACGGUUAAGCAGUUGAGCAUUGGUCAUACAUGUUAUUGUAACCAGAGGUAGACAGAGGGGCACAGUACAACAACCUGCUUUGUGUCAUAUACUGGGUAGAUAAUUAAAGACCUGCAGUGACUUCUGCUCUUCUGUUCAACCAAUGAAUAUAACUUUUAUAUGGAUAAACUUUUUAACUUAUUGCUUUCUUUCUGCUUCAGGAAUGAACUUUGACACCAUAACCAAUGGCGAAUGUGGAACCAUCUUCUAUAAGGCCCCAGAAUUAUUCCGUGGUCAAUACACAAGAUCAGUAGACUGGUGGGCACUGGGAGUGACCAUUUAUGAACUGCUCACUGGAAUCGUACCAUUUAAUGGAACAACUACACUUGAAAUUUAUGUAAUCAUCAAAAGUGAGGAGCCAAAAUAUCCAGAAGAUAUAACUGAGGAUACGCUCAGUAUAUUAGUAAAUCUCUUAAAGAAAGAUGCACAGCUUCGCCUUGGGACAGGUGAACAUGGUACAGAGGACGUGAAGAAGAGUCCAUUCUUUGAGGGAUUAGACUGGGUGGCUCUUGAAAAUAAAGAAAUCCAGCCCCCAUUUAUCCCUGAAAGAAGACCACACGAACAACCAGAAGCAGAACUCGAAUUAAAAACGGAGGUUAAAGCAAAACUGUGGGAAGACACCCAAUGGGGAUUAGAUGACCUGAAAUACCCCAUGGGUUCAUCUUCUGAUAGCGAAACAUAAACCUACGUGGGCUGCGUUUUACUCCCAGCCCUGGUGCAUAGGCACCACAAGCUAUACAUUUGUUAAAAAUGUAUAUAUGUCUAUUUUUAUUUGUAUAAUGCUCACAAACCCCUGUCAAUCACUGGAAGCGACAUUUCAAACACUAUCGGAAUAUAGCCAAAUCUCUUAUUAUAAACUCAACAUCAACAAAACCCAAGGAUUACCCCUAAGAACCCCAGCAAAACCAACUAACCCAACUGAAACAGAAAUGGAUGGAUCUACAAAGAACACAAAGCAAUCCAUCCACUUACUACAACAACAGCCCUGAUGAUCUGCAAUUGCAGACAACAAAGAACUGGAACCUAAAUGGACUAGAAACAAUUGGACAACUAUUUCAGUUAAACACACAAGUCAUAUGAAGACCUCUAAACCCAAUUGAACCUACCAAAGCACCACCUACAUAAAUAUCUGCAAAUAAGACACCUCCUAUCACCAUGGC